AUGGCGCUGGUGAUGGAGCCGGUGAGCAAAUGGAGCACGAGCCAGGUGGUGGACUGGAUGAAAGGUCUGGACGACUGCUUGCAGCAGUACGUGUGUGUGUUUGAGCGCGGAGGUGUGUGCGGGGAGCGGCUGCUGAGGAUUAGCCACGCCGAGCUGGAGGAGCUGGGAGUUUCUCGCAUCGGACACCAGGAGCUCAUCCUGGAGGCCGUCGACUUGCUCUGCGCUCUGAACUCAGGACUGGAGACGGAGAGCGUCAGGACUCUGGCUCACAAGCUCGGCGCCUCGGCCAAGAACCUGCAGAACUUCAUUUCCGGCCGCCGCCGCAGCAGCCAAUCGGAGAGCAGGAGCUCCCGGCGGCUCCCCAACGAUCUGCUGACCUCCGUGGUGGACCUCAUCACCGCCGCCAAGAGCCUGCUGGCCUGGCUGGACAGGUCUCCCUUUGCUGCAGUGGCAGACUACUCAGUAACCCGAAAUAAUGUCAUUCAGCUCUGCCUGGAGCUCACCACCAUUGUACAGCAGGACUGUACGGUGUUUGAGACGGAGAACAAAAUCCUUCAUGUGUGCAAGACUCUGUCGGAGGUGUGCGAGCACAUUGUCUGCGUGUCGUCGGACCCGCUGGUUUCUCAGUCGGCCCACCUCGAGCUGGUUCACCUCACCAACAUCAAAACCUCCGAAGGCCUGGGAAUGUACAUCAAGUCCACCUACGACGGCCUCCACGUGAUCACAGGAACCACUGAAGGGUCUCCGGCUGACCGCUGUAAGAAGAUCCAUGCAGGGGAUGAAGUCAUUCAAGUCAAUCAUCAGACUGUGGUGGGCUGGCAGUUACGUAACCUGGUCGGCUCGCUGAGGGCAGAUAAAGGCGUCGUGUCCCUGACCCUGAAGAAGCGUCCGCAGAGCACGCUCAGCUCCGCCCCUGCACUGCUGAAGAACAUGCGCUGGAAACCCCUGGCUCUGCAGCCAACCAGAAGCCCAGGCAGCAGCUCGGCGACGCCUUCAGGAACCCCCACCAAGAACUCGGCCCUCCAGGACCUGUACAUCCCCCCUCCGCCCGCCGAGCCCUACACACCCAGAGAUGAGACAGGAGCCUUGUCUGGAGAUGAGGCAUCUCGUAACCAUGGUGGCGUCAGCGUUGCUAAGCGCUCUGAGUCACCGAACUCCUUCCUGGAUCAAGAGUCUCGCCGGCGAGAAGAGGAGGAGCCCGUGUACUGCACCACGCCUACAUAUGGCAGGCUGAGGCCCAUCUCCAUGCCGGUGGAGUGUAACUGGGUGGGCGACUACGAAGAUCCGGCCAAGCUCAACCGAGAAAGCCGCAGAGAGGCGUCGCUGAUGCGCUACGUGGGACUGUCCGGUGGAGACGAGCGCACCGGUUCUGACGACUACUCCUCCCACACAGCUCGUCCCGGCAAACGGUCCAAUGACACGGCCAAACGCGCCAAGAGGCGGAGCCACCACAGCCAAAGCCCCUCCCACUACGUGCUGCAGACAAAUCAGAGGGAUUCACCUCCCAGAGACCCCGCCUCCAUUUAUCAUACAUACCAGCAGUCCUCCUCGUCCCUGCAGUCAAAGAACAGGAAGAAGAAUAAAGGACGAGCUUUGGCCUCGCUGAGUCGGAGGCGUGUUUCCUGCAAGGCGCUGGGCAGAGGAGACUGCGAGGGCUGGCUGUGGAGAAAGAGGGACGCCAAGGGUUACUUCUCUCAGAAGUGGAAGAAGUACUGGUUCGUUCUGAAGGACAACUGCCUGUACUGGUACAUCAACGAGGAGGAUGAGAAGGCAGAGGGUUUUGUCAGUCUUCCAGAGUUCAAGAUCGACCGGGCCAGCGAAUGUCGCAAGAAGUAUGCUUUCAAAGCUUGCCACCCCAAGGUCAAGAGUUUCUACUUUGCAGCAGAUGGAGUGGAUGACAUGAACAGGUGGCUGAGUCGUCUCAACAUGGCCGCCGUGGGCUACGCAGAGCGAGAGAGGAUGCGCCAGGAGCAGGAUUACUGGAGUGAGAGUGAACACGAGGAUGACGCCACCUCCAGCCCCAAACAGGACAGUCCCCCACCUCCAUAUGAUACCUACCCACGGCCUCCAUCAAUGAGUGCCUACUUGGAAGGCCGGACCACCCGACUGUCUUCCACAGAGACGUCUCGCUCUCGUUCCUCCCAGGAGGACUUCCUGUGCGGCGAGCCCCCCGCGGUGUCCGCCGAGCCGCAGUACCACCCCGGUCCUCUAGGGGGAGGCACCACACACAGCGGGAGGAAACCGGGGGGCAGCAACAGCAGCGACGUGCAAUACAGAUGUGACACCGUGGAGUACCGCUCCAGUCCUGCGGGGGGCAGCAGUGAGACGGGGUCCCCGGGUCGCUCUUCGUCAUCUCAGAGACGCUCUUGGCAGGACCUGAUUGAGACGCCGCUGACCGAAGCCGGACUGCACUACCUGCAAACUGGACCACUCGAGGAUGCCGUCUUCGCCGAGCCCGGCCCCGGCUGUGGGUCGAUGACGGCCGGAGCCGUUUACACGCUUCCUGCUCAGAGGAAUGUCCCGUUGCCCAUGGCGAUGCAGAGGCUGAUUCCUAUGGCAACCCAGGGAGGGAAACCCCGCAGCUUCACACUGCCACGAGACAGCAACCUACACACACUCCUCACGCCGCCCGCGAAAGAAGAACAGCAAACACACAACGGUGGGAGUGAAGGUGCGUCCCUGGGCGACCUGUUUCGUGCAUGCGAGCAGGGCGGGGUCUGUCCUCUGGGCCGCGGGUCGGAGGCCAAAGGUCAGUCAGAGUUCAGGCAGUCGUUCCUGCGUCGGGCCGCAGACCCUCAGCUCAACGAACGGCUGCACCGCCUGCGCAUACUGACAUCCACGCUGAAGGACAGGGAGGGGGAGCUAGCGCUGAUUGACAGGCUGCUGGCCAAUCCCCAGCUGUCGUCGGCAGAGUUCCAGGAGUGGAAGAGAGCCUAUCAGGAGCUGUUCAAUCAGGAGCCGAACUCUCCCGCCGAAUCCGACCCGGGGCCGCCGCCGCUCACGCCUUCGCUCUCCCACACGCACUCCUACAUCGAGACGCACGUCUGACGCGCACGACAAAAAAACCCGCACGAGUUGAGAAAAAAAAAACCACACAAAGCUGCGGCCGACGCUUUCACGCAGUCGGAGAGAAAAAAGAUUUGCAUCGGCGCACAUAGCGACGGACUGUGUCGAGAGCCGGGGGGUUAGGAUUUGGGCGGCGUAACAAAGUGCAACACGACGGCUUUCGGAGGAAGACCCUCACGUCGCAUCAGUCCACGAGCUGAUUGGUUGUGCCACUCCAGCUGGCUCGGAGGCGGACGAUACGCUGAUUCCUAAGUAUUACAUGUUAGCUUUUGUGCUCUGUAUCUCAAAUACUCGCCAUGGAAACGCCAUAUAAAGAAGCUGUGGACGACCUUCAUCAUCAGAGUGGUAUUACAGAGUAGUUUCUUCAUCCAGCUUGUUGUGCCAUGUUCCUACCGACUGCACAGCGUCUCAUAGACAGCCUCUAAUAGCCACUGAGUGACACACGUUGUAUUCUAUCCAGCCUUAUACUUGACGUCUAUGAUGAUAUUUACUGUACAGUGAGUGUUGCAGCGGACAACAAUAAGCAGAGGUCUUUUUUUUUUUUAACAAUCCAAUAGUCUCACUUUCUAUCUAGUUUUAGAGACUUUUCUUCGUGCUGGUUUGGUAGAAUUACGUUCUGUGCUGGGCUGGACCUGAAGCAUGCACACUUCUCCUGGAGUAGGAAGGAAAAAUCCACCCUAAAACGCUUUAACACGGUUUGCAAACACUUACUGGCGGCGCGUCUCGCAUUUAAGCGCCCAUGUUUGGAUAUUUCAUGACUCCUGCAGGGACGCCCGAGCUCUGAAACAUGACUUAUCCACUAUUUCUAACUGAUUCUGCAACCCCGUGUUUAAUAUUUCCCUUAUAACUAUCACAUAAUCAUAGUAAAAGUUACUCUCAGGUUGUUGACUUAAUCCCUACAAACUCAUCUUUGUGCACCAAAGU